UCAGUUUAGAAUUUACCUUCGAGCAAGUUGGUCGAGUUGAUUAUUGCGAUUCGGAUUCGAGAAUACCUCUGUUUUCGUUACGUACCUACAAUACCCACAACCUACGCACUAAAUUCACCGUCGUCAGAGUCUUCGUCGUCGUCUUUUUUUAAGUCGAGAGAAUUUAGUUGUUUAUUCAUUUGGAUAUUUUUCAUAUGAGAUUGUUUUUUGAAAAAAAAGAUACAACAAAAUUUUAAGUGUUUGAAGAUAAAUUAAGAUUUUUUGAGUUCUUGAUUUUGUUUGUUUUUUUAAUUUUUAUUCUGGUGUCUUGAGAAAAAGAGUGAUUUUGAAAAAUUAUUUAUUUUUCAAAGAAAUAGAAAAUACGUAUUGUGAAGUGAAAUUUAUUGUGCACAAAAUUUCGAACGGAUUUCUACUUAAAAGAAAAUCGGAAAAUUUGAAAAAAAUCAAACAUCAUGGUGAACUCACUAAUAUCCGAUACUCAAAUGCUGAUGAUGGUCUUUGCCGCCACAAUUUUAGGAUUUAUAAAUGCCCAUGGAGUUGGGUCGAAGGAUUUAUUCCGGUGCCAACAGAGUUGCUAUCAAAAGUUUGUUCAAGAUUGGCAUCACUGUAUGGAUUUCGAUGAUUGCAAAAGUAUGUGCAUCACACCACCAAAUAUCAAUAGUUAUAUCCCAGAAGCGUUCAGUUUUCUGUGCUGGAAUAAUUGCGAUCAACAACUUGGACCGUUUCCAUUGAACGUUAACUCAGCGAUGCGAGAAGGAUCUCUUGUACUAACUGAUAUUGCAUGGGAUCAGGCUGUUACCAAUGCAUCUAAACAGUGUCUGGUCACGUGGGAGGUCUCUGGAGGCGGUCUGAUGGGUAAUCUACUGACUGAUAGCUCCACCGUUGAGCUGUCCCUAUGGCCGGACACAGUAUAUCACGUGCAGGUUACCUGCAAGCAUAAGGAAACUGGUGGUAUGCGAAGAUCAUUCAAACUCAUCGUUGACACCCAUAAACUUACCGACAAAUCCGCUUCAAGCUUACAAGCUAUCGCAAUCGAAAACGCCGGCAUGAAAUCUCUGCCAAAUAUUUUUGCCCAAGAAACAUCUUCUGGAGAGACCGAUUCCCGUAUGCGCAUCCUUAAGGACAGUUCGAAGGACUUCAUCAGCACCUACAAUCCCAGUGUCAAUAAUGUCGAAAAGACUCCAAGCUCAAGUCAGAAGACCGGCAGCAUGAGCAGCUCCAGCAGCAGUAGCAGUACCAGCAGAAGCAGCAGCUAUAUUGAAAAUGAAUCAUCAACGUCUGUGCAUAUGUCGACAGUGCUCCGCACUAAACUUACCUCUUCAACAGUACCUGGAGUUAUCUCAGCUGAUUUCUUAGCACAAAGCAUAGUGUUCGGUGUAGCCCUGGCCGCUGUCUUCUUCAUUGGCUUAUUCCUGCUGUACGUGUUAACACGGCCCGUGCGGAAGGAUGUACCUGUCGACAAAGUCAACCUCAUCCAUAAUGAAGCCACCUGCGAGCAAGUUGUGUCAACAGCGACGGCAUCCAACCGAACGCUGCACGUGUAAAGCUGUGAAUUAUUAGUUUUUGUUAUCCUGCUAAGGUUAAGCAACGAAACAUCCAAACUGGAAGUAGUGAUGUCCUUAGGUGUACAUAGUUAAAAAAAGUAAAAACAAAAAUAAUAAUAAUUAAAAAACUGUAAAUAGUAGUGUACAUAAUUUAAGAAGUAAACAAAAAACUUUACAAAAUAAAGUGAAGAAAAGAAGUGGGAAAACAGGGACGGUGUCAUUUAUAACAAGUGAGACCCACUUAGAGUUCAGAUUUAUAUAGAAAAAGGAAGAAUUUAAUGAAAUUUCUAAUUUUAAGGAUUUGUCUAGUCCGCGAGAUAAAAAAAAAUAAAAAUAUCGUACAUACCACUCAUUUUCAUAUUCGUCAAAACAAAUAAAAAAAAUAAUAAAAUUUAAAUUUAAACAAAACAAAAACAUUCAAAAGUCAAAAGAAAAGAAACAAAGAAAAUUCUCUAAAAAUACUAAAAUAUUUUGAAAUGAGGAAAACCUAUGAAUCGGUUUAUUACCCCAUCUCGUUUUUGUUUUCUAGAUUUUUUAAUUCAGUUUUUGUUUUUCUUUUAUUUAUUUUGAACAUUUCAUUUGUAUCUACACAAAUGAAAUAAAAUCAAUAAAAUCUUCCAUAUGAGAUCAAAAAACGAAAAAAAGAAAAACAUUUGUUUGUCCUUAAAAUCUUUGUAAAUAGAAACUCAAAACAAAAAUAAAAUUUUGUAAAUAUUUUAAAUAUAAGUAAAAUAAAAACUGCUUACUCUCUGCGUGUGUUUUCAUAAAAAAAGCAAUCCAUUCAUUAAAAAAUAAAUUAAAAUAAAAAAAGAAAUAAGAGUUCACCCUAAUUUGCAAGUUAAAUUUUCUGAAUUAAUUUAUUUAAAAAAAAAAACAAGUUAAAAACUAAAUAUUUAUAAAAAAAAUAAUAGAAACUAAAAAGAAUACAAAACCAGAAGUAGUUUUAAGUGAAUUAACAAUUUUAAACUAAAAUAAAUUAUUAUUGUCCUGUUAAACAUUUUUUUCUUUUAAUAAAAAGAUUUUGUUUAUUUUUUCAUUUACAUUUAAUUUUUGUUUGUUAAUUAAAUUUUUAAAUAAGCAAAAUAUAAAGAAAAAACAAAAAAAAACAACGGCGACGAAAGCACACAUGCAAAGACUGAUAAAAGUUAAUUCUUUAAAAAAAUAUGUAAAUUAAUUAAAUUUAAUUUAAUUUUGUUUUUUUCUUAAGGAAAACAUUUUAAAAGGGAAAGCAAUUCGUUUAUUUUUAUUUGUUUUUGUCUUUGUAAAAAUAAGUUAAAAAAAAUAAAACAAAAAUUGUCAAAUAAUAACAACAAAAUAUAUAAAAAUAAAUUAACAAAUAAAAAAAUAAAAA